ACGUCAACGAAUGUUCCACUGACAAUGAUAACUGCGAACAGGACUGUGUGAAUACUGUUGGGAGCUACCGCUGUACCUGUUGGGACGGAUACGAACCGUCUGGGCCACGGUCCUGCAAAGACGUCAACGAAUGUUCCACUGACAAUGAUAACUGCGAACAGGACUGUGUGAAUACUGUUGGGAGCUACCGCUGUACCUGUUGGGACGGAUACGAACCGUCUGGGCCACGGUCCUGCAAAGAUGUAGAUGAAUGUGAAUCAGGAGCCUGUGAUAACGGUGGCACGUGUGUGGAUGGUAAUAACACCUUCUCCUGCGUCUGCCCACCUGGAUUUAAGGGAGAGGAAUGCCAAACUGCUCCCUGUAGUGAGGAUUACGACCCUCCCCUGAACGGUGGCAAAGCCUGUUCAGUGACAGAUGAAACGACAGGAGCCAUGCUCUGUACUGUCUACUGUCGGGACAACAAGGAGUUCGCCAUACAACCUGCCCAGGUCUACACGUGCCAGGCUGAUGGAAAUUGGUUCGCGGACUCUGAUCCUCUAACGAAUCAGAGUAGCCCUUGGCCAGACUGCACAGGUAGAUACCGGCCACAGCGUCCUCACAUGCUGGGAUCAGUCCACUACUUUUCCGGCACUGACUGUCUGACCAGUAUGGGUGAAAUCAUCUCCAACUUCCAACAGCUCUUCAGUCAACUGUCAUCCUCCCAACCAAGUGGAUCGAUCACAAUCGAUCUUCAGAACGUUGAAGUGGAAUGUGGAGGGACGGCCAGACAGGCUUCAACAAAGAAAAGCCGCAUCUUCACCACUAACUCUGAGAAAUCAGCAAACGGAUUCACGGUAAGGUUCAAGGUAGUUGCCAGCAGCUCACUGGCACCAGAACAUGUCACCCAGCUUGAGCAAACUAACCUCGUAUAUGCCCUGGACGAUAUCUACUUUGAUAUCGAAGACAAGGUUGCAAACCAGCAGUUUGACUUGACGAUCAACGGACAACAAGCCACUGUCGACACAAUUGACAUCGGGCUUGCUGAGUUCGACCUCAACUGCACCCAGGGACAACUGAGUUUUCAAGACAGCUUCGAGGCGUAUUGUCUUGACUGUCCCCCCGGCACGUUCCAUGACCUGACUGCGGACACCUGUGAGUACUGCCCUGUUGGUGAGUACCAGGACCAGCCGGUACAGACGGACUGUAAACAAUGUCCUCACAAUACCUGGUCCGUGUUUCUUGGAGCAAAGAAGGAGGCUCAGUGUAUGUCAGUUUGCCUCGGCAAAGACGAUCUCUGCUCCAGUUGCGUCCACGUGUGGGGUCAACUGACAUGCAAGUGUGAAGUUGGCUGGGCCGGGUCCGAGGACGGACUUACCUGUGGACUUGACGGUGACCAGGAUGGUUAUCCAGAUGUGUCCCUGCCUUGUAACGACACCAGGUGCAACGGGGACAACUGCCCGGGUAUCCCUAACAGCGGACAAGAGAACACAGAUGGGGACGAGAUGGGAGACGCCUGUGAUGACGAUAUUGACAACGAUGGAUUCCUUAACAACCUUGACAACUGCCCACUGCUGGUGAACGAUGACCAGACGGACAGUGACGGUGAUGGAGUGGGUGACGUGUGUGACAACUGUCCCACGGACAUCAACACUGACCAACGGGACACUGACGGGGACGGUGUGGGGGAUGUGUGUGACAGUGAUGCCGACAGUGACGGGCUUCUUGAUGGCAAAGACAACUGUCCGUUCGUAGCUAAUGCUCAACAGGAAGAUUCUGACGGAGAUGGGAUCGGAGAUGUCUGUGACAACUGUCCACUGGUCGCAAACGUGGAUCAGUUUGACCUGGACCAGAAUUCUAUCGGCGAUGCCUGCACUGACAACGCUGACAACGAUGCAGACGGGAUCCCAAACUCUUCUGACAACUGUCCUGACAUCCCCAACAGUCAACAACUGGAUACGGAUAAGGACGGAAAAGGGGAUCUCUGUGACGAUGAUGACGAUGGUGACACCAUAUUGGAUGGCGAUGACAACUGUCGACUUGUUCCAAGCCCGGACAUUGAAGACUUUGACGGAGAUGGAGUAGGCGAUAUCUGUACCGGUGAUUUUGACAUGGACGGCGUGCCUGACGCUGAUGACGUGUGUCCUGAGAGUGGGGUCAUCGCCCGUACGGACUUCAGGAACUACCAAACCGUCAACCUGGCCAGUCCUAGUAGCCAACCACCCGAUCCGGUUUGGGAGUUCCUUAAUGAGGGAGCUGAAAUCGUUCAGAAAGUAAACAGCGACCCAGGCCUUGUCCUAGGUCCGAACUACUUCGGCAACUUGGACUACCGUGGGACUUUCUUUGUGAACACGCAGGUUGAUGACGACUUUGUGGGUUUCGUCUUCAGCUAUCAGAGCAACUCUCGGUUCUACCUGAUGUCCUGGAAACAGGCAGGGGACAGCAGCGGUGGACAGGCGGGGGUACAGCUGAAGUUGGUGAACUCUACUACCGGGCCUGGUGACGACCUCUCACUGGCUCUUUGGAAGGGUGUGGAGGUCCCCGGACAGACCAAGUUGCUGUGGGAGGAUCCCAGCAAAGUAGGCUGGAGCUACAACACCGCCUACCGCUGGGAGCUGAAGCACCGGGUGGACAUCGGGCUCAUCAGGUUCCGUCUGUACUCCGGCAGUGUCCUUGUAGUGGACUCCGGUGACGUUCUGGACGCCUCUCUCCGCGGAGGCCGCCUGGGGGUGUACUGUUACUCCCAGGAGAACGUCAUCUGGUCUGAUCUCGUCACCAAGUGCGAUGGCAACACGGCAUCAGCCUAACUGGAUGCAGACAUCCUAACAAGACAACGGAAAAGAAUGGAUGCUUUAAAAGCUUUUGUUAUCUUUUUCCUGAAAACUAGUGCCAAAGAUACGUAGCUACUCAAGAUACUCCAGAAUGUGCCAAAUAAAGAACAGAUUCAA